AUGGCCGACAAGGAUCAGUCGGACGUGUCAGCGAGUCAAACAAAUAAUCCUUUGACAAGGAAAUUAAAUAAGAUUCUUGAAACAAGGCUUGACAAUGACAAAGACAUGUUGGAAGCCCUCAAGGCUUUGUCUACAAUAUUUACAGAGAACAAUCUACGAUCCAGAAGAAAUUUACGAAGUGACAUAGAGAAGAGAAGUCUGGCCAUUAAUGAAGAAUUUUUACAGUCUUUUCAAGCUGUCAAAGAGCAACUGGACUGUGUUUAUUCUGAUGUAAAAGAAAUGAAUGAAUGUUGUCAGGACAUGACCAAUAGAUUAAAGGCAGCUAAAGAUCAGACCCAUGAUUUAAUCAGUCAGACUACAACUCUUCAUGCUGAAAGUCAAAAGUUACAGAUGAAGUCACAAGUGGCUGAUGCUUUUCUGAGUAAAUUUCAGUUAAAAUCAGAAGAAGCUAAGAUUAUCAGAGGGACCAGAGAUGGAGCUUUACAUCCUGAAUUUUUCAAGGCCUUAGCUAGAGUGAAACAAAUACAUAGUGAUUGUAAAUAUUUAUUACGAACCAACCAACAAACAGCUGGAUUAGAAAUAAUGGAAUCUAUGGCAUUACAUCAGGAAUCAGCUUAUGAAAGGCUUUAUAGAUGGACACAGAAUGAAUGUCGAACUCUGACAGGGGAUUCCCCUGAUGUAUCUAUUGUAUUAUGUGAUGCUAUGAAAGCAUUGUUAGAUAGACCUGUUUUAUUCAAAUAUUCAUUAGAUGAGUUUGGAACAGCUAGAAGAAGUGCUGUAGUUCGUGGUUUUAUAGAUGCUCUAACUAGAGGGGGACCAGGUGGCACACCACGACCUAUUGAACUCCAUUCCCAUGAUCCUCUACGAUACGUAGGUGAUAUGUUAGGCUGGUUACAUCAGGCUGCAGCAUCAGAGAAAGAACAUAUUCAAUCUUUAUUGAAAAAAUGUGAAGUACAAGAAUCUCAGAUAGAAGAUGUUUUAGGUCAUAUAACUGAGGGUGUCUGUAGACCAUUUAAGGUUAGAGUAGAGCAAGUAUUGGUAUCAGAACAAGAUGCUGUAACUCUGUAUAAACUAGAUAAUUUACUCAAAUUCUACCACAAUACAAUCAGACAAAUAGUAAAUAAAGAGGCUGCACUGUUAUCAACAUUGAGUGAAAUCCAGGGUUUAUCUCAUAGAAUGUUUUUUAACAGCUUAACUUGUAAUGCUAACAAACUUCUAGAUAGGGUUGAACUUCCACCAUCUGAUUUAGGACCAACAUCUUCCCUAACCCAGAGUCUACAGUUACUACGAGAUGUCCUGGCUUGUCAUGAUGCUUCAGUUGUACCUAUAGAUGAUAAAAAACAAGACUAUAAACAGAUAUUAUCAUGUGUUGUGGACCCCCUAAUUCAGAUGUGUUCAGUAUCAGCUAGUAGAUUAAACAGUAUAGAUAUGGCAGCCUAUAUGAUAAAUGGUAUCUAUUUAAUACAGUCAACAUUAGCUCUGUAUGAAUUUACUGAUACUAGACUAGAAAUGUUACAAGCUCAGAUUGAUGCCCAUGUAGACACCCUGAUCAGUGAACAGGCAGCGUUUGUAUUAAAUAGAGUUGGUUUAUCUUCUAUAUAUGGUACAGUACAGACACAUCAAACCAGCCAGGGCCCUCUAUCUAGUUUACAAGGUCUAGAUGGUAUCACUGUUAAAUCAGCUAUGAAUAAAUUUGACAGUUAUUUGGCCAGCCCUGAUAGUUUAGUGUUACCACAAUGUAGUCUGAUACUAAGUGCACUAGUAAGAGACAACAUGAAGAGAAGAGCUAUAGAUUUAAUUUGUCAGGCGUAUAAACAGAUGUACGAGGGUAUAUAUAACCCACAGAAUGAAUACCGAGAACCACAGUCUAUUGUACCGAGAACUCCAGACCAAGUUGUUAAAUUACUGUCUUAGAUUUGUUAUAGAAUCAGGAGGGGGUUGUUAUUUCCAGAGCUCCUGAACAAUUUGUUAGACUACUGCUAAAGGAUUGCAACAAAAAUUGUCUAUUUGACCUAGAACUCUAGAUCAAGUUGUUAAACUACUCUUAGAUUUUGUUAUAGAAAUUGUUUGGCAAAUUUUAUGGGAGGAAUUGGCAGAAGAGUGUGUGCCAGACUUCAUAUCUGUUGUACCUAGAACCCUGAAGUUAGUUGUCAAACUUCAGUCUAAAAGUAUGACAGAAAUCAUGGGAAGUGGGAAAUAAGACAAUGAGGGAUCUCUACCCCUAAAUGUGAAUAAAUGUUGUCAGGCUUUUAUUAAAAUGUGUAUAUUUUGUUAUAAAUGAAUUGUUUGGGAGAAUUCUCAUGUAUAAUAUUGAUUGGUAUAUAUUAUUUAUGAUGGGAGAUUUUUUUCGGAAAAUUAAUAAAACAUUAUUAAUUUGUUGCA